UACCGCACCCCUUACUCGGAUUAUAAAUUCAGCAUGGAUGCCUGCAGAAGGUCCUUUCCAAACUCAGAGGUACACUGCAGCUGAGAGGAGAGGGCCGGUCACAGCUGAAACUAUCAUCAUGGCACCAGCUAAGAAGGGUAUUUUGGAGCGUCUGGAUGCAGGAGAGAUUGUCAUCGGGGACGGUGGCUUUGUCUUCGCUCUUGAGAAGCGAGGCUACGUCAAAGCAGGACCGUGGACACCUGAGGCUGCUGCCGAGAACCCUGAAGCAGUGCGGCAGCUGCACAGGGAGUUCCUGAGAGCUGGCUCCAAUGUCAUGCAGACAUUCACUUUCUACGCGAGCGAUGAUAAGCUGGAGAACAGGGGCAACACUCAGAAGUUCACUGGUCAGCAGAUUAACGAAGCCGCCUGUGACCUGGCAAGAGAGGUGGCUAAUGAGGGGGAUGCUCUGGUGGCAGGUGGAGUCUCUCAGACACCUUCUUACCUCAGCUGCAAGAGUGAGAAUGAUGUGAAGGCCAUCUUCAAGAAGCAGCUCGAUGUCUUCGUCAGUAAGAAAGUGGACUUCUUGAUUGCUGAGUACUUCGAGCAUGUGGAAGAGGCCGAGUGGGCGGUCCAGGUUCUUAAGACCACUGGGAUGCCUGUGGCUGCAACUCUGUGCAUCGGACCUCAAGGAGACCUGAACGGGGUCAGCCCUGGAGAAUGUGCCGUCAAACUCGUCAAAGCUGGUGCUCAGAUUGUCGGCAUCAACUGCCACUUUGACCCUGAGACGUGUGUGAAGACUGUGAAGAUGAUGAAGGAGGGCGUGGAGAAAGCUGGGCUGAAGGCUCAUUACAUGUGCCAGCCUCUGGCUUACCACACCCCCGACUGCAACUGCCAGGGCUUCAUUGACCUGCCCGAGUUCCCCUUCAGUCUGGAGCCCAGGAUCCUGACCAGAUGGGACAUGCAGAAAUACGCCCGUGAAGCUUACAACGCCGGCAUUCGUUACAUCGGAGGCUGCUGUGGAUUCGAGCCGUAUCACAUCCGCGGUCUGGCUGAGGAGCUGGCACCUGAGAGGGGUUUCCUGCCUGCAGGAUCAGAUAAGCAUGGCUUGUGGGGUGCUGGCCUGGAGAUGCACACUAAGCCUUGGGUCAGAGCCAGGGCUCGUCGUGCCUACUGGGAGUCUCAGAUGCCUGCGUCCGGCCGCCCCUACUGCCCCUCCAUGGCCACUCCCGAUGGCUGGGGUGUCACCAAAGGCCACGCUGACCUGAUGCAGCAGAAGGAGGCCACCUCUCAGGAUCAGCUGAAGGCUCUCUUUGACAAGGCCAACAAAUGCAACUGAGCUCUCUCUCUUCUUCUCUGUGUACUUCAACACUUCCCUCAAGUUUACAUACCAAAACAAUCAGAAUGCUGGAGUUCUAUCCGUCUCUCUCUAGGACCACUUUUACUCUGCUUGCAGACUGAUGAUGCUUCAUAUUUAGUUUUAGCAAACUUUAACUACCUGCUUCAUUUAGAUGAUCACGCCCUGGAGAAGUUACUGUGAUUCAAAGAGCAGCUGUGAAUGCACCACAGGAAAUGCCUUAACACUCCAAAAUAAAUGUUGUCUUACAAAAUUAAAUGAUGUGGAACAAUAAAAAGAGAUUGGGAAAAGGA